AUGACGUCUUCCCAAACCAAGCUAUUAGAACAAGACCUUUCUGGGAAAGUUGCUUUAGUCACCGGCGCUACUCGUGGCAUUGGUCGUGCUAUUGCGCUUCACCUUGCAAGCCGUGGGGCGUCCAUCUUGGCCACUUCUUCAUCGCCCAAAUCCCUUUAUCAGAUCGAAUCCCUUGCGACAGAGGUAUACAAGCUUUACGAAACCUCCGAUCACUCGUGUCCUUCCGUCGUAGGAGUGGCGGCAAACCUUUUUUCUCCAGACUUUGCUGAUAUAAUCGCGAACGAGAUCCGUGAUACAUUCGGCAGCAAGCUGCACAUCAUUGUCAACAAUGCAGCUUACUGGGAAUUUCGACCGAUGGGUGAACUUGAUGCGGAGUAUGUCCACAGCAUGCUGCUAGGCAACGUGCAGAGCUUGGUGUUGUUGAUGGAGGCUCUUUUCACAAGAGAAUACAUUCAACCCUUCUCAAGAGUCAUUAACAUAUCGGGCGGAGUAACUAGGAGUACCCUACCAGCUCCAGGCAUGUUCGUCUAUGCUGCCGUUAAGGCGGCCAUGGAAUCGCUCACCCGCUCUUGGGCCGACAUCCUGAGCGCACACAACAAGACACAUGGCACGACAUCCAACUCGGUCCUCGUUGGCCCUACUGCAACUGAAUCCUUUAUUAAUAAUGGUGCGCCACAAUUUAGAGAUCAGAUUCAGAACCGUGGCAAGGGGCCAACAGCUCACCAUGGCGUUGGAUGGCCGAACGACAUUGCUAAUGUUGUUGGUUUACUUGCCAGUGAGAGGUCUCACUGGAUCAAUGGUAGUACAGUUGGUGCCGACGGUGGCAUGUACAAGGUUCUAUAA